UUAUUUUGAUGCCUAAUAUCUAUGGGCUUGCCACGAUCGAUUUAGCGCAGGUUAUCUAUCGCAACGUUCAAACUGGCUUAACCGUGAUCAGUUCUUGGGACGUGCACUAAGAGGGGUGGGCACAUCAGUGCCGAUGUCACCCUGCUUUGUACCCAGUACUCUCAUCAACUCCUUCCGACCGAAUCUAUGAGCUAUUGCGGUGGGUUUCCAACUUGAAGGAGGUGACACUUUGUCAGCAAGGAAUGUUCAAACUCCGUGUGAAGCCGCUGGACCCUGGUCAUAUUUCCUUUAAUUCGGUUUCGCUACGUUCCGUUCCAACUCAGCUGUUUGUUUCUAACGCUGAGCCUGAUGCUAUUCCCCAAUUUGUCUUGAUGGCGUUUCAAAACACAUUGGAGAAUAGCUUCCGCCGCUUGGGCAACGAAAUCGCACAUUUGGAGAGCCUCCUUGACAUUUCGCUCGAGGUCGAACUUCAAGCAGGAGGUCAAGGAGACAUACAAGCUGAAUCUGCCGUCAAACUUCUCUCCGAGUUCCUAGACCUAGAUACUCUUUAUAUCGAGGGCCAGAGGCACCCAAACGCCGACAUGUAUCUCGACAUCCUUUCCCAACCCUGCGUCCUGAGCACAGAAGAACUCCUCCCGCAACCCACCUUCAAGAAAGCUCUCCAGACUAUCUCUCCCAAGAUCGCAGGAACCAUCGACGAACUCACAGCGUCAGCGAGUGUCGAGGUAUACCUGAUACUUACCUCGAAUGACCGACGUAGUCACCUUGACAACACUCAGGAGCAGCUGACGACUUCUACAAAGGUAAAAGGAAAAGAACCAGAAGGUCAUAACACGCCUCCUCGGGGCAAGAGUCAACAUCCCUCGAGUAGCACACCACCACGUAUUUCAGGAGAAUUUGUGCCGAACGCUGUCAUCGAAUCCCAAGAAAUAGUGGGAUCAUAUACCCCCGGCAAUCGCAAGUUCAAUACGCCUGUAGAGUCCGGUCUUAGACCCUCCCUUGUUCCAUAA